AUGAGCGGCGAAGACGAGGACCUUAAGUUACAGCGUGCUUCAUCUAAUUUGCUUGCAGAUCUCGAGAAGCUGCUUCCACGGCUAGUACGAGAGCGUCAAAAUGGCUCAGCAACAGCGCCAGUCCGCCAACAUGUACGGGAGGUGGACAUGUACCGAGCAUGCGCUCUAAUCGAGCCUUUCCAGGAAGACCCUCAGCUUCUGGACACGCACCUGAAAAACUUCCUCCCCCCUCUGGUUGAUGCCUACCUUGAGCUGCUGCAGACAACGUCCCGGAAGAAAGCUAAGAAAGGCUACGUGCCUCUGUCACACGCAAUCUGCUACAUCAUCAACCUUUUUUGCAAAGUCAGGGGUGAGAAGGUCAUCAAAGGUUUCCUCAAUAAUGAACCACGCUACCUUGAACCCAUCCUCAACGAAUUUGAGGUUGGUAGAAACUUUCAAAAGGCAGAGGACGAUUCUCUUCAGCAAUCAAUCGUUCCAUGGACAGAGCGUCAUGUGCUUUUGCUAUGGCUCUCUCAUUUGAUGCUCGCGCCUUUUCCACUUGCGUCCAUAUCGACCUUGCAGUCAUCAGAGGAGAUAUCGGCAGAGCUGGGUAUCGAGCUUCCCGCAGAGAUUCCCGGUAUCACUCUCCGCGUCCUUGUUAUCUGCUUCCAGUGUCUACAGUCUGCAUCAAAAGAACGCAACGCUGCUGCAAAGCUCUUAGUCACACUUUCUGUGCGUCCGGACAUGCAAGAACUUGGAUUGCUUCACGUACUCGUCAAGUGGUCUUUGUCAUUUUUUUCCAACGCUGUCGAGGACACUUCAGACAUACACACAUGCAUUGGCGUUCUGUCUUUUCUGUCAGGAUUGGUGGCCUCGGCGACUAAUGAGGAAAUUGGACCCUUCCUUGCCCUUGCGUUCCAAUCCUGUCAACGCAUACUCCACCAGGACAACCUCGCGUUCCUCAAAUCAUCGGCGGUAGCGCGAAAACUGAUCGUCAAGACCUUGCGAAACAUUGUCAUACACUGUCUUCAAGCAACUGCAGUUCCUUUUGGGCUCGACGCUACAUCUGUGCUCGAGGAAGUGAUCGAGGCACUGCUCGAGUUGAUGGGUGAUGGCGAUACCCCGGUACGGUACGCAGCAAGUAAAGCCAUGAGUAUGAUCACUUUAAAGCUCGACUCAGAGAUGGCAGAGGAAGUGAUAGAGGCAAUUCUUGGAUCACUCAAUGAGAGCGUGUAUUGGCAAGGAACUAAACGCAAUUUGAGUGGGGUCAACCCUCUUCGAUGGCACGGGUUGACCUUGACCUUGUCUCAUCUGCUUUAUCGAAAGGCUAUACCGGCUCACCAGCUGCCAGACGUGUUGAAUGCGCUGUUGCUGUCCCUCAGUUUCGAGCAGCGCUCGCCAACCGGCGGCUCCAUCGGAACAAACGUGCGUGAUGCCGCUUGCUUUGGCAUCUGGGCGUUAUCCCGCCGGUAUUCUACAGAUGAUCUUGUUGCUGUACAGACUUCUUCAAUUCGAGCUUCUGAGCACAGGGUGAAUGUUUCUGUACCUCAGACGCUAGCAAUCGAGCUUGUCGUAGUAGCAUGUCUCGACCCAGCAGGUAACAUCCGUAGAGGUUCAUCUGCAGCUCUACAGGAGCUGAUUGGUCGACAUCCCAAUACAAUCAGAGAGGGUAUUCCCCUCGUUCAAGCCGUGGACUUCCACGCUGUUGGUCUUCGCCAGCGAGCUAUGUGCAACGUAGCCGUGAAGACCGGCAAUCUACAGCCAUUGUACUGGCAAGCUAUCUUCGAAAACCUACUCGGAUGGAGAGGAACUGGAUCGCUAGACUCUGACUCUCGCCUAUUCGCAGCCAAGUCGAUAGGCUUGUUGUCCAGAAAUCAAGUACCUGGUACGGUGCAACAGAUGACCGAUCGAAUAUGCAACCAACUUGGAACAUUACGGCUUCGAGAAGUUGAAGAGCGACAGGGAUUGGUGUCGUCUCUAGCAGCUAUUGUGGAAAUGCCCAACCAUGCCGAAUUCACCUCAGAAGGGUUGUACCGACCAGCAACUUUCAUAUCUCUUUGGAGGCUCUUUGAUAACCAAAUCAAACUGGAGGACAAAUCCUUCAUAUCUCCAGCACUGCGACCGGAAUACACGGCGUCGUCUUUUUGCGAUCUCAUUGCGGCCCUGGUGAGUGCUAUGAGCACUCUGCCAACAGAUGAUUGGGUUUCGAACGUACCUCCAGAUGAGAUCGCGCGUAUUCUGGAUUUGUGUCUUACACGGCACGAAGAGACCGUCCUGACAGCUAUAGCAAAAGUCGCCGGCCAGGCUCUUGUACUUCUCCAGAACGUUUCGCCAGCCCUCCCAGAGUCCUUGAUCACGAACUGGCUAGCAAAACUGGAUAACGAAGCUUCAUACAGCGGUCUUCGCUGUUCUGGUCAUGUUGUUGCACUUGGAUCAGCCUAUGGAGCGCCAUUCUCUGCUGAGAGCAGUAUCGUUACAGACUUACAACGGCGCAUUCUACACACAAUCACUUUCAGGUGCACUUCGGCGGUAGCGAUAGAAGCAAGAACAGUAGCUUUACGAGCCUUGGAUACCUUACUCAAGACUUGCCAAGAGGUGACAAGGAAAAGCUUUUCACCCAGAGCAGCAAAUGUCAAGGAUAGGGUUUUAAGCGCCUUACACGUAGCUUUGAACGACUAUACAGUCACUGAGCGGGGCGAUGUUGGCUCACUCGUUCGGUUGGAAGCUUUGAAUGUCGUCCGAACAGCAGGACUGGCCGACAUCUUCCAAGGUGAAGCAAACGAACACGAUCGUUUGAUAUACGCGGACGUCUUGCGCCUUUCAUUGGAGAAACUGGACAAGGUCAGGGCACGAGCAGCAUCUAUUCUUAUCGAAGGCUCGCUUACGCAAUGUCCCGGGAUCGUCGCGACAACUGAUGAUGAUGUCUCCUGCCAGGCGUAUUUUAGCAGUGCUCUGACGAGAAUGCAUUCGACAGACUCCUCUAUGAUACGCGAGUCGAUCUGUCGAGGUCUUGUGGGCUCGGCAGGCAUGGCAUCCGAAUCGGUUGUACAGAACUGUAGACAGGCGCUUCUUGACUUUACUACGUCUUUGCCACUGACCAGCACACCAGAUAGCAAGGAGCUUACACUAUUAGGUUAUGCUACUUGCUUAGUGGACUUGCUCAGGAAGGAGCUUGAGAAUGACAGGGUGUUAAUUCCACUGCUUGAGGUGUGGGCAUUCCUCUUCGAUAUGCAUGUCAUGCAACGCCUCAUCUCCACAGAUUUCAACUUCCGAGCUCUUCUUUCUUACGUUCAAAAAGCUCACUUCAAGUCCACACACAUACAAAAGUUGCAUCUCGCCCUAGAUGUCUAUCGGGGGCUCGGAACGAUUCCAGCAAUCCGCACCUAUACUCUUGCGAAAGUGACGAGUAUGCUUCUACAUCCGUUCCCCAAGAUCCGCAUCACGGCAGCGGAGACUCUAUGGAUGUUGACUCAAGACGAUGGCCUGAAACUACAAGACUGGAGCCUACCUCCGAGUAACCUGAAAUCAGCAGUCGACAGCAUUAAGAAGCGUCAGAUUGUGGCUGCAGAAGCUUGA